AUGGCAACAAUACCAAAUUCAACAUCAUCACGUAUACCAAAAAAAACAGUCAAAGAUUUUAAAUUUAUUAAAGAAAUUGGUAAUGGAUCAUAUUCAACAGUUUUUCUUGCUAUUGAAACAGCCACAAAUCGUGAAUUAGCGAUUAAAGCUGUUAGUAAAGAUUUAGUAACAAGAUUAAAAAAAAUUUCUCAAGUCUUUCGAGAAAAAGAUAUUUUAGCACGACUUACUGAUUGUAAUUAUGCAGCUAAGCUUUAUUGUACAUUUCAAGAUGACAAAACUCUUUUUUUAAUAAAAAAAUUUCGAAAAAUUGGACAUGAUAUUCAUAUUAGUGUAUUCACACGAGAUAGAAUGUUAUUCAAUAUUAUGUUAUUUUGA